AUGGAUGCUGAAUGGGUAAGUUUGCUUUUGAUCCAGAAAUUCCAAGUUCUUCUUCUCGAUGGAGAAGCAACUAUUGCCAAUCCCAACUUGAGAAAUCAGGUACAGGAGGCAACCAACAAGCUCCGUUUACUUCAUCAAUCUUUAAAAGUUUCAAGAAAUGCAGACCAGACAGGAAGGCUUCUACGUGCAUUUUACUCUGCAGAAGAUGCCACUGAUAUCUUUCUUGCAAGAACACUACUCUUGCAAAGGCAGAAACUGAGGGGUUACGGUGGGAUUGUGUGUCAACCCUUUAAAGGCUUCUGGAUCCAAUCUCUGUUUACUGUUCAAAUCAAGAAAUUCAUGUCACUGAUAGGACAUGCUGGCUGCAAUAACAACAUUUCUGGGUCAAGCUUACAAGAUGGAACUAUGGAGAAUACAAGGCAUCAGGGAACAAGAAGAACAGGUUUUUCUUAUUUGGAUGUGGGUAGAGAUGUUGUUGGUCUUGGUGAUCAAGCGAAGGAGUUAGAAGAGAGACUAAUUUGCUCGAAUGAAAACAAUCAGGCUGCCACUGAACUCAUUUCUGUGGUGGGAGAGGGAGGUUCAGGCAAGACAACUCUUAUGAGGAUUGUGUAUGAAAAGGUAAGGAUUAAACGGCAUUUUAAGAACUGUAUCUGGGUUGAUGUUUCUGAUUAUGUUUUCAGAGUUAGAGAUGUUGUGUUUGAAAUGUUAAAACAAGUUGAUGAGAUUUUAGCUGAAGCAGAAGAAUCAUUUUUUGAGCAAGAAUUGGUGUCGAAAUUGAGUGAAGUUUUGAGGAAGGACAGGUAUCUUGUUGUUGUUGAUGAUGUUGGGGCACCUGAAGUGUUGGAAAGGUUACAAAAUGUGAUUCCAAAGUCAGACAAUGGUAGCAGGAUAGUUGUUACUACAAGCAAUACGGAUGUAGUAGCAUUUGCCUCUUCCACUCUACAGAUGGGCAGAUUGAACAAUGAGGAGAGCUGGAAGUUGUUCUUAAAGAAGGUAUGUUCAGCAGAAGAUAGUUUAAGUAACAAUUUGGAUUUGAUCCCAUUCAAGGAGCAACUCUUGAAAUUAUGUGAUGGUUUACCUUUGGCAAUCAGCUUGAUGGGAGGUAUGCUAUCUAUGGUAGAAUCAAGCCAUAGUGAAUGGUCACGAGUGAUUGACGAUGCAAAUAAUCUUGAUGGAAAUGUACUUGCUUUAAGCUAUCAAGAACUUCCUUCUUGGAUGAAGCCUUGUUUUCUUUACAUGGGACUCUUUCCGAAAGGUUUUGAGGUUCCUGUGAGGAGAUUGUUUCAGCUAUGGAUUGCGGAGGGACUGGUGACACCCUCAUGUUCAGGGGAAUUAGGCCCUGAAGAAGUGGCAGAAGUGUAUUUGGAAGAACUAAUUAAUAGGAACAUGAUUGAAGUUGCAAGAUGGAGAUCUGAUGGUAUCCCCAAAACAUGUAGAAUACCAGGUUCCAUAUAUGAUGUUUUCUCUCCAAAAGCAGCAGCAGAAAUAGGACUGUUUUACAUCCAUUGCAAGUCACAUCAUUCAUCUGGAGAUCAACCACGAUUCCCGGUCAGGCGACUUGCAUCAUACUUGAGCAUCAAGAACUACCCUUCUUCAGAUUGGUACAUUCGAAGUCUUCGUUCUUACAUUUCCUUCGGUGCACACAAAGGAGGUAUACCUGCAGGAGAAAUAGGUAAGUUUCUGAACAAGUUAAUCCUAAGAAGAGACCUAGGAUUGCUGACUGUACUUGACCUUGAAGGUGUAUACAAACCUAGGCUGCCUAAAUCCUUUCAAAAACUCCUCAACUUAAAGCAUGUAGGAUUAAGAUCGACAGCUUUAGAUUCACUACCAGAGUCAAUUUGUGAUCUGCCGUGCUUGGAAACUUUAGAUGUGAAGCACACUAGCAUAACCUCUUUGCCUAGUUCCAUUUGGAUGGCAAAAAACUUGCGACAUCUCUAUAUGGAUUGGAUUCAUUUUGAUGAUAUUUCCAUUCAACUAUCAUCCGACUCAGAGCCUUUAGCCAAGCUCCAGACCUUAAGGGGGCUAUCAAUAAGUGAACAAAGCCCCAUUUUAAGUUCAUUAUUCAAGAUAACAUGUCUUACAAAGUUGGCAUUGAGAUUCAGUUUGACAUUACCAGAGCCAAUGAAUAAUUGGAUUUCACAACUCACCACCCUUCAAUCUCUACGGUUAAGAUCAAUUAAAAAGACUGGCGAACGCGGUUCGAUCAAAUUGAGUGCUUUGUCAGACCAUCAAAAACUCCUGGACCUGUAUUUGCUUGGAGUGUUACCAAGACCAAUUAACAUUAAACUACUUCCUCCAAACCUUAAAAUCCUCACUUUAUCAAUGUCACAACUUAGAAAAGACCCAAUGCGGACGCUAGGGCAGCUGCCUUACCUCAACAUCCUAAGGCUUUUUGGUGAUUCCUACUUGGGGGAAGAAAUGACAUGUUACCAAGGAGGGUUUCCUCAACUCCAGGUCUUGAAACUCUGGAAGCUGGUGGAGCUAGAGAAGUGGACUGUAAUGGAAGGAGCCAUGCCUUGCCUCAGAGAAGUAGAGAUCAGAGCCUGCAAAAGACUAGAAAAACUAGAGGGAUUAAAGCAGCUGGCCACAUUGAAGGAAUUGAUUCUGACCAAUAUGCCAUCACAUUUUGCAAAAGAAGUUAAAGAAAACAUGGGCUCAAAUGUGUUUAUCAGAGAAAAUGAAUGGAAAUCUUGUCCUUUGCCGGCCUAG